CAGACAGCCUUAGUGAACAAUUCAAUUCGGCAGAAAGGAAGAUGCGUGAGCACUCGAAGAGACGCAUAUUUCGCUUUAAUUUUAUUUUAUAUUCGUACAACGUGACUGCCUAUGCGGUCAUAUUCAUUCUCGCUGUUGUAAGGUGCGUGAAAAUAGCCUACUGCGACGACAAGACGCGGCUUACGGAGCACGAAUUCUGUGCGCACCUCAGCACACCGCUAUACAUCUACGAUUUUUGGUGGUUUUCAGAUCCGAUGGUCUUGCCAACGUUCUAUUAUUUGUAUGCGUUUAACAUUUCAAUGAUCGGAGUCUACUACUCAAUUUUCUGCGCGUCUGACUCGUUCAACUGCAGCGUUUUCGUCGCACUGGCCGAACGGUGCAAAUUUUUGGCACAAACCGCACCGAAAGCUCUGCUACCAGAUCGAAGAGGCCAAAUCACACCGUUUUUCGCAGCUUGGAUCAAAUACCAUCAACAAUAUCAAGAGUUGGUUUUGAGCGGAAACAAAAUUUUUGGGCCAGUCGUUUUUGUUACUCACGUGUUUGCAGCUCUCAACGCGAUGGUUUACACCUUCCUUGCGAUAAACGAUUCGGAGGACACAAUCAGAAGUUUGAGCAUGGCAAAUUUACUCGGGCUGGCAAUUCAAUUCUACAUGUACGCGUACGCCGGGCAGCAAAUAAUAAACAAGAGUGAAGAGUUGAGCAGAGCAACCCUGACCGCGAGUCAAGUGGCCUCAGGCGCGUACAGCGACGGCCCUGCCAGAAGCGCCCUUUGCGUCGUCAUGGCCAGGUGCUGCGGCUCAAAAAACGACGAAAUCAGCGGACUCGGAUAUUUCAACAUCUCCAUGCGUUUUUACGCCAGGAUCAUGAGUGUGUCCGCAACGUAUAUCCUUUUCACGCAACAACUGAACAGCAAGUGAAAUAUUUCAGAAUAAAA